ACACGACAGAGGAGAGUCUGUACAUUACGAGGAAAAAAAACUGUGGGGGUGAAAUGCCCGCCGGGGGCGAACCUUUGGGGGGAAAUGAGGGUUACAGCCAGCUAGUCCAUUACCCCCCCGAGAGGGACCCCCCAUCAAGCCUUGUUCACGACGAGGAGGACGUGGGAAAUGCGUGGCAGAUGCCUUUCUCGCCGGUCGUGGACCUGUCCCGCACCCCCGACCUUGGGGAAGACGAGGAGGAGGAGUGCCUCGGGGAGGAGGGCCACACACCCCAGGAGCAAG